CCAGAAAUCAAAACACUCCCUGAAGACAGACAGCUGCGGUCUCCAGUGAAGAGCAGCCGAGCGCGCCGCCAAACAUCCCCGUUACGCCGCAGCUGAGCGAGCAGAGCCGCCCGGUGCUGUUUUUGUUUUGUCGACCGGGUUUCUCUCGAUUCAAACAAGAAAAAGAAAAAAAAAGGCUACGCAGCUGGAUCCAACACCCGCAAACGCACCCGCGCAGCGAAGAGGCCGAGCAAGGAAGCAAACGUCGCCAUCGGUGUUUUUAUUAUUUUUUCUUUAACGAUGCCGUUUUCCGUUAACGGCAUCCUCUGCACGCUCGCGCUGCUGGUCCUGUGGCGCGCGGAGGAGCUCGCGGAGGCGUGCAGCUGCGCUCCGGUUCACCCGCAGCAGGCGUUCUGCAACGCCGACGUGGUGAUUCGAGCGAAGGUGGUCGGAGAGCGAGAGGUGAAUUCUGGGAAUGAUGUCUACGGGAACCCGAUCAAGAGGAUCCAGUACGAGAUCAAACAGAUCAAGAUGUUCAAGGGGCCCACCCGGGACAUCGAGGCGGUCUUCACCGCGCCCAUGUCUGCCGUCUGUGGCGUCACCCUGGACGUCGACGGCAAGAAGGAGUACUUGAUCUCAGGCAAGGCCGAGGCCGACGGGAGCAUGCACGUGACCCUGUGUGAUUACAUCAUGCUCUGGGACUCCUUGAGCAACACCCAGAAGAAGGGCCUGAGCCAGCGCUACGAGAUGGGCUGCGAAUGCAAGAUUGUGCGCUGUCCCACUUUGCCCUGCGAGAUCUCGGCUCCCGAGGAGUGCCUGUGGACGGACCUGAUGAUCGAGAAGCAGGUGCACGGGCGCCAAGCCAACCACUACGCCUGCGUCAAGCGGUCGGACGGCUCCUGCUCCUGGUACCGCGGAAUCGCGUCGCCCAAGAAGGAGUUCCUGGACACCGACAACCCUUAGUCACGCGGCCGCCCUGCCUGCCCACUGCGCAGCCUGGCCCGGGGGAAACAAAUGUAAACGAUUCCAUUGAAAUUAUAGAUAGCAACAUCGUGCAAAGUGCUUUUUUAUUUUAAGAAAAUAAAAGGUAAUGUGAGUGAAGUUACCUGCCGGUCUGGAAACAACCUUCAGCCUCUCUUCGUAUUAGUCCGUCAGCUUGCUCAGCUUUACUUGAAGGGGCUCGGAGGUUGUUCUCAGACGCGGCCUGCCUGUAGACACGGCAUCAUGAGACAUAGACUGGUCGAGUGAUGAUGUCACUUCCUCCUGAGGCUGGCGUCAGGAGGAGAUCAAAUUCUCGGGGAGACGGAGCACUUCCUGCCCCGCGAAGCGCUUUAACCGCUCCGCUCUCCAACUCCACCAAUCAAUCCCCGAUCGGCUGACGAUCAUUCGUUACCCAUCGUGUUCCUACUCUUAUUACCUCAUUCUCCAUUUUAUUCCAAAGCCAAAUUCCAAGUUGCCUUUUUUUCAAAUGAUUGUCUCGCUCUCUGAAUAUCAGUUUACCGGUCUGUCUUCUUCUCUGCUGGGAACUGUUUGGCCCAACACAUAAUAAUUAACUGUUUUCUGUAAAAAACAACAUGAGUCAUCUCGCACGGCUUAUCUCUUCUCUGGUUUCUUUGGAUGAAAAUCUUUUCUCGCUGUGAUGUCUUUUUUUAUUUUUUUUACUGAAGCCUGUGACGGUCACAGGCCCCACUGGACCAGUCUAUGCGGCGUGAAGACGAGCGCUCUAAAUUAAAACCUGCUCACGAGGUCAAAGGCGUCCUCGCCGACCCCGCAGUCCGAUCAGAAAUAUCCCAAAUCCAACCUUCCUCAUCAUUGUCAUCCCCACUAUGUAGCUGUACAGUACCCAUGCAUAUACUUUUGUUGUUACUUGAUGAUUAUCUUUUGCUGCAUUAGAACUAGAUUUGCACUUUUUGAGGAUGAGUUCCAGUAAAGAAAGGAGCCUGAACACUCUGAUGUGACAGUUGUAGUUCGCCGAGACCGACAGAUUUUGCCUACUUUGUGCUUUUGGUGACUCAUAUUCUCAGACUUAUUCUUGCUAUCUUUGUCAUAACAGAUAGAAUAGUACCUGCAAUGGAAGAAAAACAAAAUAAAGUGGCGUGUGAGAAGUUUAGAUAUAAGGAAUCUUUUUACAGAUGUUACGUGUGAAAGAGAAACAAAAAAGAGCUUUGUUGGAUGUUAUUUCAGUGUCUUUGUAUUAUCUGUUGAUUGUAAAUGCCAACAGCAGCUUCAGGAUUGGCCAGUAUAUUCUCGCAGACGAUUCAUUUCAUGAGUAACAAGGUCUUUUACAUGCUUAAUAUUAGCUUUGACUGCUCCUUCAAGUUAUUAAUUAAAGCUUUAUCGCCAUCAUAGAAAGUAAGCUAAAAAAAGUUACCCAAUCCAAGUUUACAGUGCUGUUUUAUACACCUCAAGCUACAUUUACAAAAAAUAUAUAUAUGAUGGAGUAUUAGAGGCAUAAUUUAAAAGUAAACUUUUCAUUUUCCAUUUUAUUUUUUGCAGUGUUAUCAUUAUACCUGUAAUAAUUGGUUUGUUUUUGCUGUCUCUGUCUACAAUGUCUUUAGCUGUAGUGUCGAGCUGAGAAGGUCCUCUUGCGCUGGAGUAACGCGAGAGUGAGAGAGAUUACACCUUUUUGGAAAGGUGUAGAGAAAUGAGAAACGGUUACCUUGUGUGAAUAGAAGACUGUGCAUGUGUUUGAUGCUUUGUGUAAGUCCGGGCGAAGGACAAAAAUAUUCAGUAUUAUCAAAUAAAAACCACACGUUUUAAAAAGAA